GGAGAACCUGGAGAGAUGUCCAAAUCAUCACGUCUGGUCAAACCUUCCAAGCAGUCCCGAAAGGAACCUCCAGGGAACCGCUCACACAUGCUAGUAGUUGGGGAGAGGUUGAUGAGGGCUGGCAGUGAGGGCAACCUGGUGAGAUCCAGACCACCCCAGCAGCAACAGCAAUCUGACAUCCAAGACCGAACACCUAAAGUGGGUUCCAAUCCAGAGCCAGUGAAAAGCAUCCAAAGCCUGUGCUACCCCGAGAAUGUGGACAGCCACAGCAGAAAGCGAAACAGCGCAGAUGGGAGCGAUCAUUCAGAACCCUGGUCACCCCGCACUGUGCCAAGGAGACACACAGUAGGAGGGCCUCGCACUGCUGGGGACGUCAUGCAAUCCUACAGCAUGGACCACAGGAAAGAGGCCUUUCUUGAACACCUGAAACAGAAGUAUCCCCAUCAUGCCACCAUAAUCAUGGGCCACCAGGAAAGACUCAGAGAGCAGAUCAGAAGCUCUGCACACAGUGUAACCACCCAGUCGGCUGUAGGGGAGCCAGGGGAGAAUCUCUCUUUGGCUUCCCUCCACUCUUUGGAGGCCAUGUCGGAGGGAGAAGCGCCCUCUGCCUUCACACGAGGCAGCCGCUCCCGAGCGAGCCUUCCUGUGGUCAAGUCAACUUACCAGACCAAGGACAGGUCAUUAGGUGUACUUUACCUGCAAUAUGGAGAGGAGACCAAACAGAUCCGAAUGCCCAAAGAGGUGACAAGUGCAGACACCAUCAGGGCCCUGUUUGUCAGUGCCUUCCCUCAGCUCCUCACCAUGAAGACCAUGGAGUCUCCCAGUGUGGCCAUAUACGUCAAAGAUGACAUGAGGAAUAUGUACUAUGAGUUAACUGAUGCCAGGAACAUCACACCACACUCUUGCCUGAAGGUGUAUCACAAAGACCCAGCCCAGGCCUUCAAUCACAACGCAAAAGCCAAUAAUGGAGAUAUUAGGAUUACAAAAGAGAGGCUUUAUAGCAGCAGACAUCAACAGGGAGGCCAAAGCCCAGUGCAUACUCUUCCCCACAGUCCCAUCCAUUCAAUCCAGGGCUCCUUGUCUCCACCUACACCUCGUUCCAUGCCCUCCUCCCCAUCCAGAACCCACUACAGUCACUCUGUUUCCAUGCCGGGUGGCGCUACAUUACCAAGGGACCGUCUGUCCAGCGUUCCCCCCAAUCGCUCCAUCACACACUGUGCUAGUGCCAUCUUGGAGCGGCGUGAUGUAAAACCGGACGAGGAUCUGAGCAGCAAGAGUGUUCCACUGUAUGGAGACCGUCACACUACACCUGAGGCCAGGCUCAGCGUCGCUUCUUCUCAAGGCAGUCAUACUGGAGAUGUCCCAGAUGGGGUGGCAUAUAUCCAGCAUCGCUCUUCUAUCAAGUCUACUGGUGCUUACACAGAGGGUCAAGACCAGCAGCACACCCUCUACAGACAGAAAUCUCGCAAGUACAGCGACAGUCAGAUCACCUCCAUGGGAUCCAAAACUCCGCCUGCUUCCCCCCACAGGGUCAGAAUGAUUGACAUGCAGGGAGUGGCAGUGGAAAGGGCAUCACCAGUUAAAAGGUCUUUCCGUAAGGACAGUAAUGGAACCAUGGAGGUCAUGACCAGGGUGAGAGGCAACUUGGCCUCUCCUGUUUUUGCUGACCUUCCACCCGGUCAUGGGGAAAGGCCAUUUCAAGGACACGUGUCAGCCGGAGAUCCUCAGAGUGAAAGAAUAAAAGCAAUGGAGCAGCAGAUAGCAAGUCUUACUGGACUUGUUCAGAAUGCUCUUUUCAAGGGGACCAAAGAGACAUCAAGUGAGAAAUCGUUGAGGAUGACAUCUCCUGCUCAUAACAUUAAUAAUGAGGGAGUUUGUGCUGUAGACACCCCUUCAGCACAGGCCCCUGUCGGAGACCCUGCUAUAUGCCCCAUUCUCUCAACCUUCAGGAGAAACGUCUCUGACCUAAGACUGCAACUUCACCAACUCAAACAGAUGCAGCUGCAGAAUCAGGAGGCUAUGCGGCUGAUGCUGCGACAGGCAGAGCAGGAGGUCUCUAGAAAAGCUUCAGACACUCUUUUGCACCUUGAAGACCCUGUAAAUAGACAGAGAAUCCAGGUGGAUGAAGAAAGGCACAGAUAUUUGGCAAUGGAGGAGAGGGUUCUCAUUCAGCUCGGAGAGCUGGAGAAAUAUGUGGAGAAGCUCAAGCAAGAAUCCACCUCUGCCACAAGCCAUCGGCCAGUCACUCUAAAGGAUGUGGAGGAAGGGGCGGUCAAUCUACGUAAAGUAGGAGAAGCUUUGGCUUCUCUCAAAGGAGAGUUCCCAGCACUGCAGAUGAAAAUGCGAACAGUGUUGAGGGUGGAGGUGGAGGCGGUGCGCUUCCUGAAAGAGGAGCCUCACAAGAUGGACAGCAUGCUGAAGAGAGUCAAAGCUCUGACUGACACUCUCAGUGGACUGAGAAGAUAUGGUACUGAGAGCCACAACCAUGCUUCUGACGCAGUGUCUGCCAAGGCAGUGACUGCUGAUGCAUUUACCUUUGUGGAGGAGUUUAGAUCAACCCAACCUGUUCGUGAUUCCCCAACCCCACAACCUAGAUCACCCGCCAAAAUUAGCUGCUCAGAGCCCACACCCUCAUCUCCUGUCACUUUGCACCAUGUUCGGAUGGCUCCCGUUACCUCACACCACCACAGCCCCCUGCUCACACCCACCCAUGGCAGGCACUCUCCGACUGUGGCAAAGGUCAGCCCUAGGAGCAGAGAGACUAGCCCUGCUCUGCACAAGAGAGCAGCUCCACAAGACCAGGAAGCCCCACUGGCAACUACUGCCAUCAGGACAACUGUAUCCACAUCUCCACUGCAAGGAGAGGAGAUCACUGUCAACACAAGCUUGCCCAUGCCUGAAGAGGUUUCAGAAAGCACAGCAGAGGGGGUUCAAUCUGCUGGCACAGAAAUGGAAAAGGAAAUGGAUAGGAUCCUUCAGCAAACCCAGGCCAGCCUAUUGAAGGCCAUACCUAACCUGGAGUUGAGCAACCAGGUGGACAACACCCCCUCCCAAACAUCCAACAUCCUGCUGGACGAGGUGGACUCUCCACUCCCUGUGUCUCCAGUCCCUUUUCAAACAGAAGUCACACUGCAAGAUGGAUCUGAAGCAGAAAAACCAGUCCACACCAGUUUGGAGAGACCACAGAAGCCUGCCAUAGAGAAGCCCCACAGGGCCAGUGUUGACAGAGCAAUGUCCAAACCGGAGACGGCAAGCAAAUCACCUCCCCCUCCUCCUCCACGUAGAUUCUACCCCUCUGGAACUGGCCUUACCACAGGACGUUCAGGAGAGGUUAUCUACACCACCCGGAAAGAAUCCACUAGCACUCAGGAAGGCGAAGAAGAGGCCCUGCAGCACAAGCCCUUGCGUGUACCCCCAGAGGUUAAGCCAAAGACCCACAAACCUCCCCCUGUCAACACCUCAACCUUACACGAUGAAGAGGACGAAGGAGAUAAGAUUAUGGCUGAGCUGCAGGUGUUUCAGAAGUGCACAGUUAAAGAUUUACAGCCCAGAUACAUUGUUGAUCUCACAACCCAUGAGCCCUCAGUCAGGGAGAUGGACCCAGUGCUUUCCCUCUCUUACCAUACAAAGCAGAACACCACUCCCCCAUCUGAGGAAGAAGCACUAUCUAAACAUAGGGAAGAUAGUGCAUCAGCUGGCUCCAGGGUUAUGUAUUACAUCACCGGAACAGCAAAGACAUCAAUAGAAAGCACUUCAAGGGGAGAAAACCCAAUGUCCAAGGAAACAACUUGUUCUCCUUCAAAGGUUGCAUCUGUAAAUGCUUCAGUUGACUUAUCUAUAACUUCACUUAAAUCAGUCAAGGAAAUCCAAAGCAAGCUGAGUGGUACUCAGCAGGUGUCACAUGGCCCAGUUAACUCUUUAAAGACUAGCCAUGUAGCUGGAAAAGAGGUAUCGCUCAUUAAACCCAUAGAGCAUAAGACUGAAUCAGUUUUAAAGUCACUAAAGCAGGCAGUACCUGCAAGCGCUGAGAAAUUCACACCUGAUAAGAAGUCAGAGCAGCAGAUAGAUCAUACAUCCUCUGAGCAAAUGUCUUUACCUGUCCAGGAGAGGUCAUUAGGACAGGGACAAAGCAUGACCACUGUUCAAGUUACACUUGUUAGCAAGGGCCCACAAAUUGAUAAACCUCAAAUUCAGUCACCUGUCCAUCAGCCAAACAAUGAUGCUUCAAGGUCAGCACAGCAAAAUGAAAGUAAUGGAAAUGAGCAGCAAGUAAUAAUGAGGUCAGAGGCCAGAUACACAGAGGAGGCCAGUCUAAGCCCAGACCUCCCAGGAGAAGAAGGUCCUCCUCCACCAGAAAACAUUGCCUUCAGGAUCACUAAAACCAAGGUACAGGCUCUGUCAAAUGGAGAGUACCAACAGCUGGUCAACAGCAAGGGCAUGGAUGUCCAGACUGUUAAAGUGGGCUCCGAACCAACCAUAUCUGCCCUGGAUGACUCUGGAUAUGACAGGAAGCCAGUUAUAAUAAUUUUUGACGAGCCUAUGGAUAUCUGUCAGGCCUACAAGCGGCUGUCCACCAUCAUUGAAUGUGAGGAAGAGCUUGAGAGGGUGCUGUCAGAAGAACGAAUUGAUGAGGAAACCGAAGAGGAAGUGGAAGCACUCUCAAAUAGUCAGGUCAGUCAGAUAACACCUAGACAUAAUAUUGUAGACCCAUGCAGGAUGGAGAACUGCGUAAACAAUCAAAGGACUAGUAGUGUUGGUAAUGCAAUGCCUCUACAACAGCAAAGUUUCUUCGAGAGUCGUUCUCGUGAUGUUGAGGAUGAAGACCAGACAGAAUCAUCUAAUGGCACAAAACAAGAUUCAAAAAAGAAAUUCAAGUUUAAGUUCCCCAAGAAGCAGCUUGCAGCUAUCGGCCAGGCCCUUCGCACAGGGAAGAAAAAUGGCAAGAAGACACUGCAGGUGGUCGUGUACGAAGAGGAAGAGGAACCAGAUGGAUCCGUGACUGAGCUCAAAGAAUCCAAGAGGUUUGAGAUCAAGUCCCAUGCAGACUCAAGUUCUCCCACCCCUAGGUCUUUAUCGCAAGGCCAGACCGCCACAUCCAAGACAACCAAAAACAGAACAGAGGAGCUCUGUAAGACCACGUAUCAAACAUUAGAUAGCCUUGAGCAGACCAUUAAGCAGCUUGAAAGCACCAUAAGUGACAUUGGUCCUGCAGUGUCAGCAGAAGUCUCCUGCAAAGACUCAAAGGCAAAAAGAAUUGCCAGUCAAGCAAAACCAGAGGAGGGCAGCCCCACCAAAAGGCCAUCUCCUGUGAAGCCAAAGCCCAACAAGUCUGCCAAACAUAAGAGGCCUAAAAUACAGUCUCCAUCAUCCUCAAGCACUUCCACCUCCUCCAGUUCCUCCAGCUCCAGCAGUCAACAGAAAUCUGGUGACUCCCCUGCUUCAAGUGGGAUUUCCUCGCCCAAAUCACGGCAGCAGUCUGGGAGUGUGGAAAAACCUGGAAAACCCCAAAAGCUCCAGGACUCUCAAAGGCAAUUACGACAGGUAGUUUUACUGUAGGUCUG